CGCCUGCUUUUUUUGAUAUUAUAGUGCAUUUGCCUAUUCAUUUAGUGGGUGAGGCCAAACUAGCAGGACCAGUACAAUACCGAUGGAUGUACCCCAUCGAGAGGUGCGUGCUAAUAUUUAUAAAUUAAAUUUAUUUUCCAUGCUAUUCCAGUCAUGCUAAUCGACCAUAUAUUUCUAAAAUGUUUAAUAUUGGUGACCAUAGGUACCUACAUACAUUGAAGUCCUAUGUACGUAAUAGAAGUCGGCCUGAGGGUUCAAUUGCAGAAGGGUACUUGGCAGAAGAAUGCUUAACUUUCUGCUCGAGGUACUUGCAUAAUGUACAGACAAGGUUCAACCGACCAAUACAGAAUGAUGAUUAUGGUAACACCAUUACAGAACAAUCAUCUAUUUUUCCACGAAUAGGUCGUGCAUUAGGGAAGGCUAAAGAUUGUGUACUGGAUAAAGUUGCAUUUACACAAGCACAUCGAUAUGUUCUGUUUAACAGCAGCGCACUCAUCCCAUUUCUUGAAGAACACAUGAAUGUUGUUAAGCAGAAGAAUCUUCGCGCACGACCAAAGGAUAUAGAACGCAUUCACAAUGAAACAUUUCAUGAAUGGUUUAGCGAUCAUGUUGAACAGUUGCGCUAUGCAAAGAAUGAGCAUGUCUCAGAAGACCUUAGAUGGCUAGCUCGAGUUCCUAAUAUGGCAAGAAGAUAUGAAGAUUUUAUAGUAAAUGGCUUUAGGUUUCACACUAAAGAUCGAGAGAAGAAAAGAAAAACUCAACAUAGUGGAGUUGUGGUCACUGCAAAGACAUUAAGCUUUGCGAGUGUUAAUGACAAAAACCCUAUUGCAGGAGAUGUAACUUACUAUGCUGUCUUGACAAACAUCAUUGAACUGGAAUAUUGUGGUGAUCGAAAGGUUGUAUUAUUUAAGUGUGAUUGCGUUGAUGUUCUAUCUCAGGGCAGGGGUGUGAAGAAGGAUAAGUUUAGGUUUAUGCUCGUGAAUUUAAAACGGCUAUGCCAUACUGGUCAACAGUUGUUUGAUGAACCAUUUGUGUUCGCAUCUCAAGUUGAGCAGGUGUUCUAUGUGCAAGACCCCGUCGAGAAAGAUUAGCAUAUUGUAGUGAGGACGAAACCUAGGGAUUUGUUUGAUAUGCGUGGGGAAGAGCCUGCAGAUGAUGUUGACACCAACUUAGAGAGUUCAUCAUUCAAUGAAUAAAGUUUGGAAGAAUCAAGUGAUGACAUUAUUAGUUGGGAAAGGAUAGAUAUUGAUGGUACAACAAUUGUCACACCUUUACUACCUGCCCAAAAGAUGGUAGAGGACCAAACAAAUGAUACCGAUUUUUCUGAUCCCGAUGGAGAUGACAUUAUGCACAAUAAUUGAUUUCUUAUGUACCAUAUUGCCCUAAUAUAUGAAAAAGAAAUUCAAAUGUUUUUUUCCAA